CUUUUCUCAUGGCCUCUUCCUCUUCAUCGUCUCCCGAGUAUCAGCAUGCACACCCCGCAGAUCCUCCGGAAAGGUUUUCCUACAAACACGCCACCUAUGAAGAGGUUCUCGAGGAUAUCUCAAGUCGCUUCAUAUUGAACCUUCCAGACGAAGAGCUUGCGUCGGUCGAGAGAAUAUGCUUUCAAGUGGAACAAGCGCAUUGGUUCUAUGAAGACUUUGUACGAGAGGAGAACCCCAAGUUUCCUUCACUACCUCUCAAGAAGUUCUCGGCUAUGCUCUUUCAUUCCUGUCCAUUGCUCCAACAAUGGAGCCAUGACCAUGAACACGCAUUCAACACAUUUAUGGAUUACAAGACUCGAGUUCCUGUCUGUGGCGCUAUCAUGUUAAAUAGCACUUGGGAAAAGUGCGUCCUGGUCAAGGGUUGGAAGUCAUCUUCUGGAUGGGGAUUUCCCAAAGGCAAGAUCAACCAAGAUGAGCCACCGGAAGCUUGUGCCGUUCGGGAAGUACUUGAAGAAACGGGGUAUAACCUAGCUGGACAAAUUGACCCUGACAAUGUAAUAAAGGUGUCGAUCAAAGACCAGUCGAUUUCUUUGUAUAUUGUUUCUGGUGUUCCAGAAGACUAUCCGUUUCAAACGAAGACACGCAAGGAAAUUAGCAAAAUCGAAUGGUUUAAGCUGAUUGAUCUACCAACGUGGAAGCGUAACAAAGCGGCGCCUGGCAAAUUCUAUUUAAUCUCACCGUUUAUUGGCGCAUUGAAAGCCUUCAUCAACGAGCACAAGCCACACUCUCGCCCACGCAAAGGACGAACAGACGUCUCAAAACCACAUGUUCAAGACCGCCGUUUUGUUAAUGAUUACCAGGGUGGUAGUGCCCCAGAGUCGAGUUCACAGUCGUCCUCAGUCGAUAAUGGAGAUCCAUUGACUCCAUCUCCUCCUUCCAUUGAAGCGACGCCAGUCGUAAACGGUGGUGUUGAAGAAGGAGCCCCAAUGGAUCCUCACUUUGCCCGGCUGCUGAGUUCCCUAUCUUUAUCUGUCGCCAAGCCUACGCAGCCUCAACCGGACGCCAAAAUGGAGUCUGCAAUGCCUGCCCAUGCAGACCAGAAGCGAUCUAUAAAGGCUAACUUGGCGGCUAAUGACACUGCUUUGAAACAAUCAUCGUUCCCGCCGCUUCAAUCCAUUCCUGACAGCAUGUAUCAUCCCCAGUCUCCUCUCAACUUCCCUUCGAAAGAGCCGUCGACACCCCGUUCCACUGAGACAGUCCAAGCCAACUCUCUUCAUGCACUGUCAUCUCCGACCUUCCCCGGUUCCGCUCCUACCCAUCCACAUUCCCCUGUCUCCGUACAAACUUCCGUACAGUCGGCGUCUGCAGCUUCUAUCAUGACAUCCCCUCGUAGAUCGUCUCGUCGUAGCUCGAGUACCGCCGAUAUCACACCGUAUCUAGCCUCAGCUUCAGCAGCUCCGCCUUCGGGCAAGCGACUCAAACAACUUGCAUUGUUAGAGACGGUUGCGGAUGAAUCGUUCCGAUCAGCUAGUCGUGCUGAUAACAUGUCGGCAUUCACACCCACCGCCUCAAACCGUCCAAUCCAUGAACACCCUGGUCCCUCAGUAUCAGUACCGCCUCCGACUAUUGCAUACCUACAAGGCGGGCUUGGUCGAAUGGACUACGAAGCUCAGCCUAACGUUGCCUUCGGUCCAAUUAGCAAUCAUCAACCUUCAUUGCAACCCCUGAGCCAACACGCUCCGCACGACGAUCCCUUCAAAGUACGACCUCGCACCGUGAGCCAACACAACCCAACGGUUCUGCCACCGCCGCAGAAUCAACAUCAGACUCAACUAUUGUCUUUGCUAUCCGGUUCAACAGAGCAAGGUCGCCCCCUUCCAGUACAAUUUCAGCGUCCUGGCAACCAAUCUCUCCAGCUCAUGCACGGCCGCGUAUCUACACAACCUGGAACAAUCGCCAUGAAUCCUCCAUAUGGCUCUGUUCCCGGCCCACGCCCCCAGCCGCAAAAUUAUAUACCGUAUCCUCGUUCAUCUGGACCUAUGGGUGGGCCUCAAUUUGAUCCGACUAUCCUGAACCCUGUUGUGAUGCCAUCCGUUCCGUCGACUCGUUUCCCUCCUGAUCACGGACAGCUCCUAUCUAUUCUUAAUAGCAACCAACCCAUGUCCAGACCACCUCUCAACUAGCAAUCUCAGCUUCUCGUCCCACACGCGCAUACCUCCAGCUAUAUCUGUGCUUUGAGUAUUGUCACCCAUUCAUUUUGUUUUCUGUGUCUGUAUCCAUCUUGGGGUUCCAGUUUGAGUUCCUUUGAUUUGCUAAGUUUUUGUUUAUGCACAUAUCCUUUAGUUUCCACAUGGUCUGUAGCAUGUCGUGUAACUCCUGAACCUCAUCCACAUCAUUAUUGAAUCUUUCGCGAUGUAUUUUUACUAAGCUUGAGCCUGGAUGUACAUUGUCCAACC